AUGGAUGUAUCCGAUAUGCUUCUCAUCAAACUUGUCCUCUUCGCCUAUUUGCUACAUGACACUCAAGGGCACUAUAGGAACCCCCUCAACAAGUACAUCCGCCACUAUGAAGGUCUUUCCUAUGACACAGAGCUGGUACACAGCAACCACCAGAGAGCUAAGAGGGCACUCUCCCACCAAGACCAGUUUCUUCAUUUAGAUUUUCAUGCUCAUGGAAGGCAUUUCAAUCUUCGCAUGAAGAGAGAUACUACUCUCUUUGCACCAGACAUGAAGGUGGACGUUUCGGGAGAAGAGUCGACAUAUGAUACCUCUCACAUCUACACUGGAGAAAUAUAUGGUGAGAAGGGCACCCUGGCUCAUGGCUCCAUCGUGGAUGGUAAAUUUGAGGGCUUCAUUCAAAGUUUCCACGGCAACUACUACGUGGAACCCACUGAGCGAUACUUGGAGGGCAAAGACGUGCCUUUCCACUCUGUCAUGUACCACGAGGAUGACAUACACUAUCCUCACAAGUAUGGCCCAGAGGGAGGCUGUGCUGAUAGCUCCGUGUUCGAGAAGAUGAGAAAGUACCAAGCCUCUGCUGUAGAAGAGCCAUCCAAGCCAAUCCACAGUCAAGCAGUCGAUAAUGAAUCUGUGAUGUUAAGAAAGAAGAGGAUGGCACAGGCUGAGAAAAACACGUGCCAGCUCUUCAUCCAAACAGAUCACCUCUUCUACAAGCAUUACAAGACGAGAGAGGCUGUUAUUGCUCAGAUUUCCAGCCACGUCAAGGCCAUUAAUGCUAUCUAUCAAGGCACAGAUUUCUUAGGGAUUCGCAACAUCAGUUUCAUGGUGAAAAGAAUCCGGAUAAACACCACCAGUGACGAGAGGGACAAGUCCAACCCGUUUCGCUUCGGGAACAUCGGCGUGGAAAAGUUCCUGGAGCUGAACUCUGAACAAAACCACGAUGACUACUGCUUGGCUUACGUCUUCACUGACAGAGACUUUGAUGAUGGCGUCUUGGGUUUGGCCUGGGUGGGAGCCCCCUCAGGGAGUUCUGGUGGGAUCUGUGAAAAAAGCAAGUUGUACUCCGAUGGGAAAAAGAAGUCACUCAACACAGGAAUCAUCACAGUCCAAAACUAUGCCUCCCACGUGCCUCCCAAAGUCUCCCAUAUCACCUUUGCACAUGAAGUAGGGCACAACUUUGGCUCCCCGCAUGACUCCGGAUCUGAGUGCACACCAGGUGAAGCCAAGAGCCAAGACAAAAAGGAGAAGGGCAAUUACAUCAUGUAUGCCAGAGCUACAUCAGGAGACAAGCUGAACAACAACAAAUUCUCUAUCUGUAGUGUGCGCAACAUCAGCCAGGUGCUGGAGAAAAAGAGAAGCAACUGUUUUGUUGAGUCUGGUCAGCCCAUCUGUGGAAAUGGCCUCGUGGAACCAGGAGAGGAGUGUGACUGUGGCUACAGUGACCAGUGCAGGGACCAGUGCUGCUAUGAUGCCAACCAGGCUGAUAACAAGAAGUGCAAAUUAAAGCCCAACAAAGUCUGCAGUCCCAGCCAGGGUCCCUGUUGCACCGCUGAGUGCAGCUACAAGGGGCGCAAUGAAAAGUGCAGGGACGAAUCGGAGUGCGCUCAUCAGGGCAUGUGUAAUGGAGUGAGCCCCCAGUGUCCAUCAUCUGAGCCCAAGGCCAACUUUACUGCCUGCCACGGCGAAACUCAAGUCUGUCUGAAUGGGGGCUGCUCCGGCUCCAUCUGUGAGAAGUACGGACUGGAAGCCUGCACAUGCGCUAGCCAAGAAGGGAAGGAUGAGACGGAGCUUUGUCACGUGUGCUGCAUGGAGAAGAUGAAUCCCAACACAUGCAGCAGUACGGGGUCAGAGCGUCUGGCUCGUUUCUUCAAUAAGAAGGUGACCACCCUGCCGGCCGGCUCGCCGUGCAACGACUUCAAGGGGUACUGCGACGUGUUCAUGAAGUGUCGUCUGGUGGAUGCGGACGGCCCCCUCGCUCGGCUCAAGAAGGCCAUUUUCAACCCGGAGCUUUAUGAGAACAUUGCUGAAUGGAUUGUGGCCCACUGGUGGGCAGUGCUACUGAUGGGAAUCGCUCUCAUCAUGCUCAUGGCUGGCUUCAUUAAGAUCUGUAGUGUACAUACACCCAGCAGUAACCCCAAGCUUCCGCCGCCUAAACCACUUCCAGGCACUUUGAAGCGGCGGCGAGCGCAGCAGCCUCAGCGGCAGUCCCAGCAGCAGCACCAACGGCACCACCGUCAGCCCAGAGAGAACUAUCAGAUGGGCCAAAUGAGACGCUGA